ACAAAGGCUUUCUACCAAAAACUUCGUGCUUUCGCCUUCACUAUGGCAAUUUUCAAUAAAAUUCAGAUCGUUCUUGGAUUUUUGUUCCUGCUACAUGCGGCUUAUUCUGCUGCUCAACAUCGUGCAUACCUCCGCAUCACCGAACAGGAGUUCUCAGAGCUGCCGAUCGAUAUUAUAUUUCAAGCCAUCGCCAGCUUGAUAUUCAUUAUCUACAACAUACUUCAAGUGGUAGGCGAUUUCAAGGAAAUUCGUGCUGCGGUCGACUUGCAGGCAAAGUCGUGGGAAACUUUGUCGAACAUUCCUUCGUUCUAUACGUUCAAUCACCGCGGAAAAGCACUGGCCCCUCAUUACGAACAGCCUUUUUCUGAUGCGCAUGAGCGGUCCUAUGCAGGAGAAAACUAUGCGGAUUAGCGGAUUGCAUGAGCUAAACCCGGAUCGAAUAAACAUGUGAGCC